AUGAAGCUACCGCCAGAAACAGAAUACAACCGCAGCGAGUAUAAGCGCGACACCAAAUACAUCGCAGGAUAUCUUCUGAAGAGUUCACUGAAAUGCGGUUUUGUACCGACACCUUCCAACAACUCCAAGGAUUAUGAGGUUGCAGAACGCGACUUUGAGCCAAUGGCGAGGUGUAUCGCGGAAAACUCCAAGAAAACACCCAUACCAUCAUUCAUACUCACCAUCCUUGUUCGAGCUAUUCGGUUCAGGCGAGAAGUGACGGCCUGGUAUCGACUCAAAAGUUGCGACCCAGAUGCGGAUCAGCAGCAUGAUGCUUUCGUUUCGCGCCUUCAAAGAACACUAGAUAUCUUGCGACCGUAUACACCCAAGCCGGAGAAUAAGCAGACAAACGCAACACCGGCGUCUUCGAGGACAACCGCAUUGGAGGUAGAGUUUGCCAAAUUGGACUUACAGGACACGACCGAAGAUGACGAGGAAGAUACCGAGCCGCCCAUUGUUGUGGGAGAUCUGCCAUCUGUCCCAUCAGUGGAGAUCAAUCUGAACGAUGAGAGUUUGGAAGAAAACUUCUUCCUUGAUAUCAUAACUUUCUUGAAGGAGAUGCAGUCUAUCCGGAACUAUGUCUUGAAACGCUGGGCGGGCGGGUCUGAUAUCACGACCAAAGCGUUUGUUACCAAUACAGCGAUCAACAUCGUGCGACAGAAAGAAUACGAGUUUGACCAAAGUCUAUCACGCCCUCGUCAGUAUCCCGUGGACAAAUACCCUGUUUGGUGCCUACCUGCUUUACUCCUUCAUCGGGCCAAUAAGAGGAAGAAACUAGGGCAUACGCGACCCCUCGAGCCGUUCAUCAAACCUUCUCCUAUGGCCAUUACAUUGACCGUCUUGGGUCAACAUUCUUCGCUUUGCUUCUAUCCUGUGUACAAUGGUCUCAAGAAGCUUCUCCACGACGUCAAGAGCGCUCCUCGAGCGCGGCCCAGAGCAGAGUUCUUGUUUCACAAUCUCAGACGGCAGUAUGAGGAUUUGGUCAUGCAUCCAAACUUUUUCGAUGCGCGGGACAUGGCUUCAGCGAUUUACGUUAUGGAUGAACAGCCGACAUAUUUACGGUUCCUCCCAGAAGAUGAAGUCACACGUGGUAUCCGACAUAUGUUCAGAGUACGGAAAAUACCCUUCUGGGUUACCUUUGCUAUGCAGAUUCUACUCGACAUUAACGACCUCCCCGAGGGUUCUGUGGGAAACCCGUACAAUGAUCUACGACGAGAAGUGACAAAGACCUCGAUCAUUCUUCAGGAGAUCAAGACGCAUCCUAAUAGACUUGUCGAUGUUCAUAGAGAGGGGGACUUUAAAGCAUUCGAGCGUCUCGUGACUAGCCUCAAAGCGAUACUUUUCGAAGAUGGAGUUACCGAAAUGCUACAAGGAGCUAUAGAGGAUAUACCGCAAAGCAAACUACUGGGCUGCAGCGACGGAGCUGUCUAUUACCUACAAGAAGCUGUGGAAGGGAUGUCAUUUACAGACGACGAUCUCGUUCCAUUGGUGUCUUUGGUUUACGAGAAAGGCCUGUUCUGGCGCCGCCAUCACCUUAGAUGUGGCGUCCUCAUAUACGUGCUAAGACUUUACGUGCGUAAGUUCACAAUACGUCACGACGAGGACUAUUAUCACGUACUCAGCGUUGCUCAUCUGUACAACAUAUGCCGCAAUCUGUUCCCUGAUGCUCCGCACUUUCCUGAUAUGGAGUUCUUCAUCCAACGACAGGAUCUGGAAAGGUUUUUCUACGGAAAGAUUCCCCAGGAUAUCGACGAAGCUCAGAGGCAACUUGAACUCGUCAUGCGGGGUGCAACUGAUGCAAUUGGCGGCCACUCGUACCGUACGAUUAGCAAGAUCGGGAAACGCCUCAUGCAGAGCAGAUGUAUUCGCAGUCCUUCCGAUACGGAUGCUGUGUUAGGAAAUCGAUUCGAUUUUCGCGAACAUCCAUUGCUUCCGAAGGAAGCCGACGAGUCGACUCGUCACUUCCUAAACAGCUUUCGCGAUAAGAAGCAAGAAAAUGAGCGAAUAAAGCUGUUCAACUGGCCAGAUGAUGCACGUACUCCCGAUGGCUCGACUUACCAUAGGCUGUACUUCCACGAAUUUGAUAACACGUGGGAUCCGCUUCCAGCCUUGCGGUCGGUCAUGUUAUGGCUCGAAGCGGAUGUCGUUAAUCUCAACUUCUGCACGCCGAAGUUUGUCCUCCUCUGUACCGACAUCCUUUUGGAGAUUCUUGAGAUGUUUCGGAACGACCCUGUUUUCGAGAAAGACUUUAAAAAGGGAUCAGUGAAUGCAUCCACCUUGGCGCCAGAUGUCGCUCUUCGCCUUCUGACACUCACCGCCAACGAGACUAAACUACGCCAACGACAGCCAGGUCUCCCAGCGAAGAGAAUGGAUCAGCUCCGCGAAGUCUACAACAUUAUGCAAAAGCACUACCUGCGACCUGUGAGAACCAAGCCAGGCGAAAAGACCUGGGCUGGCGAUGUCUGCAUUGCGAACCUAGUCAACACGGAAAAGGAACCUCAGAUCGGCGAGUAUUGGAGUGCAGUGAACUUUUUCAGUGGCCGCGACAUAUUCGGGCACCCUGGGCGCAACAUUGACCCAGAUAAUUUGGGGCCUGCUGCUGCUGAGAAUUUGUACAAGAAUUGGGACUUCGGCGGGAGUAAAGAGGAGAGCAGGAUGUUCAACGCCCUCUCUAGGUUCCACGCCGGGCCCGGUUCGAACGUUAUCGUGAGGAGAGCUAUGGAGGGGCGCUACUGA